AUGAGUGCAUGUGAUGGCAUGAGUGCAUGUGAUGGCAUGAGUGCAUGUGAUGGCAUGAGUGCAUGUGAUGGCAUGACUGCAUGUGAUGGCAUGAGUGCAUGUGAUGGCAUGAGUGCAUGUGAUGGCAUGAGUGCAUGUGAUGGCAUGAGUGCAUGUGAUGGCAUGAGUGCAUGUGAUGGCAUGACUGCAUGUGAUGGCAUGACUGCAUGUGAUGGCAUGAGUGCAUGUGAUGGCAUGAGUGCAUGUGAUGGCAUGAGUGCAUGUGAUGGCAUGAGUGCAUGUGAUGGCAUGACUGCAUGUGAUGGCAUGAGUGCAUGUGAUGGCAUGACUGCAUGUGAUGGCAUGAGUGCAUGUGAUGGCAUGAGUGCAUGUGAUGGCAUGAGUGCAUGUGAUGGCAUGAGUGCAUGUGAUGGCAUGAGUGCAUGUGAUGGCAUGACUGCAUGUGAUGGCAUGAGUGCAUGUGAUGGCAUGAGUGCAUGUGAUGGCAUGACUGCAUGUGAUGGCAUGAGUGCAUGUGAUGGCAUGAGUGCAUGUGAUGGCAUGACUGCAUGUGAUGGCAUGACUGCAUGUGAUGGCAUGAGUGCAUGUGAUGGCAUGACUGCAUGUGAUGGCAUGAGUGCAUGUGAUGGCAUGAGUGCAUGUGAUGGCAUGAGUGCAUGUGAUGGCAUGAGUGCAUGUGAUGGCAUGAGUGCAUGUGAUGGCAUGACUGCAUGUGAUGGCAUGACUGCAUGUGAUGGCAUGAGUGCAUGUGAUGGCAUGAGUGCAUGUGAUGGCAUGAGUGCAUGUGAUGGCAUGAGUGCAUGUGAUGGCAUGAGUGCAUGUGAUGGCAUGAGUGCAUGUGAUGGCAUGACUGCAUGUGAUGGCAUGACUGCAUGUGAUGGCAUGAGUGCAUGUGAUGGCAUGAGUGCAUGUGAUGGCAUGAGUGCAUGUGAUGGCAUGACUGCAUGUGAUGGCAUGAGUGCAUGUGAUGGCAUGAGUGCAUGUGAUGGCAUGACUGCAUGUGAUGGCAUGACUGCAUGUGAUGGCAUGAGUGCAUGUGAUGGCAUGAGUGCAUGUGAUGGCAUGAGUGCAUGUGAUGGCAUGAGUGCAUGUGAUGGCAUGACUGCAUGUGAUGGCAUGAGUGCAUGUGAUGGCAUGAGUGCAUGUGAUGGCAUGAGUGCAUGUGAUGGCAUGAGUGCAUGUGAUGGCAUGACUGCAUGUGAUGGCAUGAGUGCAUGUGAUGGCAUGAGUGCAUGUGAUGGCAUGAGUGCAUGUGAUGGCAUGAGUGCAUGUGAUGGCAUGAGUGCAUGUGAUGGCAUGAGUGCAUGUGAUGGCAUGAGUGCAUGUGAUGGCAUGAGUGCAUGUGAUGGCAUGAGUGCAUGUGAUGGCAUGAGUGCAUGUGAUGGCAUGACUGCAUGUGAUGGCAUGAGUGCAUGUGAUGGCAUGACUGCAUGUGAUGGCAUGACUGCAUGUGAUGGCAUGAGUGCAUGUGAUGGCAUGACUGCAUGUGAUGGCAUGAGUGCAUGUGAUGGCAUGAGUGCAUGUGAUGGCAUGAGUGCAUGUGAUGGCAUGAGUGCAUGUGAUGGCAUGAGUGCAUGUGAUGGCAUGACUGCAUGUGAUGGCAUGAGUGCAUGUGAUGGCAUGAGUGCAUGUGAUGGCAUGAGUGCAUGUGAUGGCAUGAGUGCAUGUGAUGGCAUGAGUGCAUGUGAUGGCAUGACUGCAUGUGAUGGCAUGACUGCAUGUGAUGGCAUGAGUGCAUGUGAUGGCAUGAGUGCAUGUGAUGGCAUGACUGCAUGUGAUGGCAUGACUGCAUGUGAUGGCAUGAGUGCAUGUGAUGGCAUGACUGCAUGUGAUGGCAUGAGUGCAUGUGAUGGCAUGAGUGCAUGUGAUGGCAUGAGUGCAUGUGAUGGCAUGAGUGCAUGUGAUGGCAUGAGUGCAUGUGAUGGCAUGACUGCAUGUGAUGGCAUGACUGCAUGUGAUGGCAUGAGUGCAUGUGAUGGCAUGAGUGCAUGUGAUGGCAUGAGUGCAUGUGAUGGCAUGAGUGCAUGUGAUGGCAUGAGUGCAUGUGAUGGCAUGAGUGCAUGUGAUGGCAUGACUGCAUGUGAUGGCAUGACUGCAUGUGAUGGCAUGAGUGCAUGUGAUGGCAUGAGUGCAUGUGAUGGCAUGAGUGCAUGUGAUGGCAUGACUGCAUGUGAUGGCAUGAGUGCAUGUGAUGGCAUGAGUGCAUGUGAUGGCAUGACUGCAUGUGAUGGCAUGAGUGCAUGUGAUGGCAUGAGUGCAUGUGAUGGCAUGAGUGCAUGUGAUGGCAUGACUGCAUGUGAUGGCAUGAGUGCAUGUGAUGGCAUGAGUGCAUGUGAUGGCAUGAGUGCAUGUGAUGGCAUGAGUGCAUGUGAUGGCAUGACUGCAUGUGAUGGCAUGAGUGCAUGUGAUGGCAUGAGUGCAUGUGAUGGCAUGAGUGCAUGUGAUGGCAUGAGACUGCAUGUGAUGGCAUGA